AUGGAAGGGAGGGCGAAGAACCCAGCGGCGUCGGUGGCCGUCGUGGCGGUGCCGUUCCCGGCGCAGGGCCACCUCAACCAGCUCCUGCACCUGUCUCUGGAGCUAGCCUCGCGCGGGCUGGACGUGCACUACGCCGCGUCCCCGCCGCACGUCCGCCAGGCUCGCGCGCGCGUGCACGGCUGGGACGACGACGCGCUCCGCUCGAUCCACUUCCACGACCUCGCCAUCUCCACCUACGUCUCCCCGCCUCCAGACCCCGCCGCCGACCCGCCCUUCCCCUCCCACCUCAUGCCCAUGUUCGAGGCCUUCACCGCGGGCGCGCGCGCCCCGCUCGCGGCCGUCCUGCGCGAGCUCUCUGCUUCUCGCCGCCGUGUCGUCGUCGUGCACGACCUCAUGAACGCCUUCGCGUCCGAGGAGGCGGCGCAGCUGCCCAACGGGGAGGCCUUCGGGUUUUACUGCACCGCCGUGUCGUCCAUCGUCGGGCGGAUGGACGCCGGGCACCGGCUCCUGCGCGACAACGGCCUCACGCACCUCCCCACCCGCGUGUCCCAGGAGUUCCUGGACUACGCCAGCAAACGCGCGAUGGUGGCGCGGUCGAUUUCGGACGGCGCCGGCAUCGUCGUCAACACGUGCCGCGCGCUUGAGGGCGAGUUCGUCGACGUUGUUGCGGAGCAGACGGCGGCCGACGGCAAGAAGCUCUUUGCCAUCGGGCCGUUGAACCCGCUGCUCGAGGCGACGGCGUCGAACCAGGGGAAGACGCAGCGGCACGAGUGCCUGAGCUGGCUUGACCAGCAGCCCCCGUCAUCUGUGCUCUACGUGUCGUUCGGCUCGAGCUCCUCGCUCCGGGAGGAGCAAGCCGCGGAGCUUGCGGCGGCGCUGCACGGCAGCAAGCAGCGCUUCAUCUGGGUGCUGCGUGACGCCGACCGCGGCGACAUAUUCACGGACGCUGGCGACAACCGGCACGCCGAGCUGCUGUCCCAGUUCACCAAGCAGACCGAAGGCAUGGGGCUGGUGAUCACGGGGUGGGCGCCGCAGCUGGAGAUCCUGGCACACCGCGCCACGGCGGCGUUCAUGAGCCACUGCGGCUGGAACUCGACCAUGGAGAGCAUGAGCCACGGGAAGCCAAUUCUGGCCUGGCCCAUGCACUCCGACCAGCCGUGGGACGCGGAGCUAGUGUGCAGCUACCUCAAGGCCGGCCUCCUUGUGAGGCCGUGGGAGAAACACGGCGAGGUGAUACCGGCGACAACCAUACAGGAGGCCAUUGAAACGAUGAUGGUCGCCGAGGAAGGGCUCGCGGUGAGGCAGCGGGCAGAGGUGCUCGGGGAGGCCGUCCGUUCGUCGGCGGCUCAGGGCGGAUCAUCGCACAAGGAAAUGGACGACUUCAUAUCAUACAUGACAAGGUGA